UGUAGUUAAUGGCACAGCAGACGCAGACGUCUAGAGAUAUUGUACGAUGAACUUGGACACAGUGUGUGACUAUAGGUUUGGAACGGAAGAGGCCUUGGUAGCCUGCAGGAUGCUAGGAUUUAACAGCACAACAGCAGUAGCUGUGGGGUCAGCCAAGUACGGAGCAGGCUCUGGUCCUAUUCUGUUCAGUGACCUGCGGUGUGUGGGGAACGAAACCAGCCUUGCGCAGUGUAGACACUGGGGGCUCUACAGACACGACUGUGAACACUGGCGGGAUGUCGGCGUCAUGUGCAACAUCACCACACCAAUGACAGCCCGGUUGUAUGGCGGGACAUCUAAGGCAGGACGUCUAGAAAUAUCGGUCAACGGAGAAUGGACUACAGUGUGUGGGGAAGGAUUUGGACAGAACGAAGUAGAGGUGGCCUGCAGGAUGCUGGGAUUUAACAGCACUAGACAAGCAGCUGUGAAAUAUAUUCUAUCAAACGAUGGCUCACGAUUUCAAUUUGGGUAUAUAAAAUGUCAAGGAAUGGAAACAAAUCUUCAACAAUGCGAGAUUGGACAACUUAACAAAAGCAGCUGCCUGGAUGUCGGUAUCAUUUAUGAGUUCAAAAGCUUUAGUCUGCGACUGACAGGACCUCGCCGUACAGACAGUAACAUGGGGCGUGUAGAAGUGGAGAUUGGAAGUAAACAAUUUAGCACAGUGUGUGUAAACAACGAGAAAACUGCCGCAGUCAUCUGCAGACAACUCAAUUUAAGCCCAGACAAAGCUGCACUGAUAGAUGGUUGGUUGUUCGGACAAGACAAGAAACCUUUACUUGAAGCUUCAUUUGUUUGUAAGGGAACAGAGAGAAGCCUGGAUGAAUGUGUGCUGGAUAACAUUGCACAGGACUGUUAUUCUAAUGAUUGUGGCGUCUAUUGCAGCAAAUAUGAACGUCUUUUAAUAGUUUCUCGGGACGAAAGGUACCCAUUUAUAGAAGGUGCAAACAAAGCUCUGAGGUGCGUGACACCACGAAAGUAUCAACGGGUCGCUGAGUACACAUGGGGAGACACAGCUGGUGGUCAUCCUUGUCUGGAAUUUCAGAGCUUUUACAAUCUGACUAAAGAGUACAAUGGACGUCAAGUAGGCUGCAGCACCAGCUGUCGUGAACGGGAUUCUAAUUCUGCAUAUACCAUAAUGAGUGAUUUUCAUAAGCUAAAGGUUUACUAUAAGCCGUUGAUUACAAUAACAUGGACUGAUAACACCGGGGAACAACAGCCCUUGUCAAGUCUUUCUGAGUUAAAGCCUGGACACAACGUGACCCUGUGGUGUAAAGCUGACAGCAACCCUCGCCCCGCGUCCAUCACGUGGUCAGGAAGAGUGAACAGCACGACUGGGGAGUUACGGAUCCUAGCGGCAGACCACGUGACACACAGCGGUGUGUACACCUGUACCGUCGUCACUCACACCGUUGAUGAUGACGACAGACUUCCGCUGACCUCAUCUGCCAGGUUCAACCUCAGUGUUCAAGGUUUACAUUUACUUUCGUUGUUUAUUCUAAUAUUUAGUGAAAGCAUUAAGUUAUAUUUUUCUCAGUUGUACAAUAACUUGACAAGCAAACUUUACAAACAAACUCCACAUACACUGCAUUAUUAAAAGACAUGAUGAUGCAACACUAAACAUUACACAUUGACACAAGACGUGUCACGUGAUUUGCGUGCUACUACCAGCAGUACGAGUUGCUGCUUUUUAUUAUUUCUCGAGUCAUGUGCCCGAUGUUAUUGUACACCUGCUGCGACACACCAACAGAAGGACGAGUAACAGGUAAGCGAUUUGAAAUCACAGUUUGCAAGACAUUUGUAAAACUGAUAGUUUUGUCCAAGAUCUUUUCUGACCGCCAUACAAUCGAGUGUUGUUUUACAUAUGUUGACCUCUCUGUCGGUUUUAAUGUGUAUAGUAGUAAGUAAUAAAUGUUCAUAAUGCCAUACAUUUACUGCAAUGGAAGGCAGAGUUCUGUCGUACUACAAACAUCUUUUUAAAGCAGCAGUUAGUUUGUGUCUAUAUGAUGUUGUUGUUUAUUUGUGUGUGUAUGUGAGAGAGAGAGAGACAGAGAGAGCAAAAGAGAGAAAAACAGAUGAAUAUUUUAAUCUUUUCAAUUCAAACAAUUUCUUCCAAUUUAUUUUUGCAGGUGUUUCGAGUUAAUGUUUUGUGCUUGAAAAGCCCAUUUGAAUCCGUAUACUUCGAAUAUUGUCAUUUUCUCACUCUCCUGUCAAACGUUUUGCUCUUUGAAGAUGCAGCGUUUUCCCACUGGCGUGGGAGUCGGUCAAAGGUCACUGGCGUCAAUCCAACGUUUUGGGUCAAGCCGUUUCUAGGCAACAACUCUUUGUCUUUAUAUCCAUUUAAUAAAGAGCAUGGAGACAAAUAUUCGGAUCAGUAACCUCUAAUAAAUCUGACAAAUUAUCAUUCACUCCUUGUCAGCAAAAGAAUCUGUUAUAUUUUGUAUUUAUUAAAGAACACACAUAACUACCUGGAGUUCACAACAAUAAUUUUUAAGCCAACGAUGCAAUCUUAAACAGAAAUCGAAUAAUUGACACUAGAACCCUCUCCUCUUUUUGAAAUUCACUAAUGUAUCUCUGAUUGCCAGCCUUAUAUGAUUGGAAACGACAUCGUCCAAGUCAUGACCAGCUACUUAAGGUAACAUUAGACUACACAUGACUCUUGUGAUCCCCACACAGCAUCUUUCAUGUUUACUUAGAUAGUCAAGAAUCCAUUAGUGUUUGCGUGGUUUUUUUUGUU